UGAACAAUAAUCUUCUUCUUCUGUCUGAUAUUUCACUUGGAUUUAUUUGUUCUACACUCUGUAGUGUAUCAAUUAAGAUAGAUGGGCAUUCUCGGAUGCAACUUCAAUUCAAUAUCCCCAAAUCUUGCUUUCCCCAAUCAACCUCGUCUCUUACACUUUCCAAUUUCCCAGGUACGCUUCACGCCUUCAGCUACCCACACCAGAGCAAUCUUCAAGAUGGAUUCGAACCCAGGCAUUGCACAGAAGAAAAUCACCAUACCAAACAAGUAUAAUGAGAAACUAGUGGGUAUACUGCAUGACACUGGAUGUCCAGAUGUUGUGGUGUUGUGUCACGGUUUUCGAUCCAAAAAGGAGAACAGAAUAAUGGUGGGCGUGGCCACUGCAUUGGAGAAAGAAGGAAUAAGUGCAUUUCGCUUUGACUUUGCUGGAAAUGGGGAAAGUGAAGGCUCAUUUAGGUACGGUCACUAUCAGAGAGAGGCUGAUGAUUUGCAUUCUGUUGUUGAACACUUUAUUGGGCAAAACUUCAGAGUAACGGCCAUUCUUGGACAUAGUAAAGGUGGAAAUGUUGUGCUCCUAUACGCUUCAAAGUAUCAUGAUGUUUGUACCGUGGUCAAUGUUUCUGGUCGCGAUGAUUUGAAUAGAGGCAUUGAAGAGCGCUUGGGCAAUGAUUUCUUGGAAAGAAUCAAGAAGGAUGGGUUUAUAGAUGUCAAAAACACGGAAGGAGAAGUUCAGUACCGUGUUACUGAGGAAAGCCUAAUGGAUCGGCUCAAUACUAACAUGGAUGAAGCAUGUCGUCAAAUUGACAAAGGAUGCAGGGUAUUGAGCAUUCAUGGAUCCAGCGACGGGAUCAUUCCCAUGGAAGACGCAUUAGGGUUUGACAAGAUAAUACCAAACCACAAACUACAUAUAAUUGAAGGAGCUGACCAUGUUUACACGUCACACCAGAGCGAACUAAUCUCCUUGGCUGUCCCCUUUAUAAAGGAAGGUUUGCAGCAGAAGAACUAAAUUGGUUUGAGGUAAUUUGUAGUGUCAAAACUUUGUAGCUUACGUGCCCUUUCUCAAUUAAGCUUUCCCCGCACUGUUGACAUAAACAAAAACGAAGCGACUUGUGCAGGUAGGUUCCUUGCUUUAUUCAUCAAUGCUAUAUAUAUAUACACCUUCCCAGUUCCCAUUUCGCAAUCUGGCUUUCCCAUUUCAUGUUGGAUUGGCCUUGUUUUUGGUCAACUGGAGACACUGGGACUUCAAACAUGAUUCUUGUUUGAUAAUAAGAUUUUAGGAAUUGUUCAUU